AUGCCGCGGCCUGGGUCCGCGCCGCGCCGCUGGGGCUGCCGGCUGCCGGCGCCGCCGCCGCUGCUGCUGCUGCCGCUGCUGCUGCUGCUGGUGCCGGGGCCCGGCGGCGCCUCGGAGAUCACCUUCGAGCUGCCGGACAACGCCAAGCAGUGCUUCUACGAGGACAUCGCCCAGGGCACCAAGUGCACCCUGGAGUUCCAGGUGAUCACCGGCGGGCACUACGAUGUGGACUGCCGCCUGGAGGACCCCGACGGCAAAGUGCUGUACAAGGAGAUGAAGAAGCAGUACGACAGCUUCACCUUCACGGCCUCCAGAAACGGGACGUACAAAUUCUGCUUCAGCAACGAGUUUUCCACCUUCACACACAAAACCGUGUAUUUCGAUUUCCAAGUGGGAGAAGACCCACCUCUGUUUCCUAGUGAGAACCGAGUCAGUGCGCUUACCCAGAUGGAGUCUGCCUGUGUCUCAAUCCAUGAAGCCCUGAAGUCUGUCAUCGACUAUCAGACUCACUUCCGUUUGAGAGAAGCCCAAGGCCGAAGCCGAGCGGAGGAUCUAAAUACGAGAGUGGCCUACUGGUCGGUGGGAGAAGCCCUCAUUCUUCUGGUGGUUAGCAUAGGGCAGGUGUUUCUUCUGAAAAGCUUUUUCUCGGAUAAGAGGACCACCACGACGCGGGUCGGAUCCUAACCACGCCUGGGCGCCGUGGGUGGUCCUCUCGGCUAGGUACUGCAGAACUCAAGGGGCAGGGUUCUCGAACUCCAUCACACACUUGUUGGGAGGGAUUGCGAUGCGUAUCCCCACGCUGUGGGAAGGACACCUUCUUUUAUCUGUAAAGGUGGGAAAACUCUGGAACUUACUUUGGGCUUUUCAUUUUAAAUAUUGAACACCAAUGAUCAACUUUCUUCUUGGUUGUUUAUAUCUGCUCUUCACACACUAAACUUUGGUAUUUUGAUUCCUUUUAAUCAUUUAAAAGUAUUUUUCUUAUAGGUAGUUGGUAUUUUAAAAAAACCUGAGGUUUAAUGUCUACACGUGUUAGGGAGGAAGAAAGCUGCCUUUUAUGUUUAUAGUGAAUAAAGUUUUGUUUUUAAGAAAACCACAUGUGAUUAACUAUAGCCCAAGCUAUAUCCUGUAUCGUUUAAUUUUAUGGGGGGAAAAAUCUACCAUGGAAAUGUUAGUUACUAUUGGUGCAACUUUUAAUUGAUACAUCAUGGUAUAAUUUAUUUCUCAUUAGCUUGGAAAAUGUCAGAUUUUGUUUUUUGAGUUUAUUCUAUGAUUUAUAACCAUAUGCUGUGUUUUUUUUUCUUCAUGAGGGCACUCUAGCCACACAGAAAACAGUAUGUUUCGGUAGCAAAAUUUACACAGGCCUAAAAAAAAAAAAAUCAGACACUUGUAACAGGUGACGUGGAUAGAGGAUGAUUGAAGACAUCACAGUGGGAGCAAGUGAAGUAGGAAAGUCUUCAGUGAGUUUUCUGCACUCUCUGCGUUUCCAGUACUUUCACAAGGAAAAAGGUGGUCUGUUUAAUUUCUGACAUUUGAAGAAGCCGGUUCUUGCCCUUCCACGACUUUGAUCCCAGCUGACACCGACAGCUGUGUGUGUCAGGGAAGUGCUGUCCUUUGUACCCUCGUGGCUGUGAUGCACUGAGAAGUUAAUUUCUUUUAUUGUUUGUUUUUGUCUUGCACAUUUUAUUUCUGUAAUGUCCGGUUAGCAACCCUGAAGUGAUUUUAAAAUUUAGGAUGCUGUGUGUGUUUCCUGUUUGAUAAUCUUUACUGAAUGAGAAUUAAAUAGUCUGUAUUCCACAUACUGUUAGUAGACUCCGUUGGUAUCUUACAAAGUGUAUGAAUUGAGCUGAUUGAAAUAAGAUUUUUGUUCCAAGUAUUCUAGAAUAGAAUACAAGAUGAUGCAAAAUUAUAUAUAUGUAAAGCUUUUCUACUGAUUUAAAAAAAAAGAUGUUAACAACUGUUUUUGUGCCUCCCUUCUCCACCCAAAGGUGAUAAGUACUAGCCAGACUGUCUCUACAGUGACUGAUACAUGAUACCGCAGAACACUGAUUGGAUAGCUAUUCUAGUCACAGAACCAUCCUGCUGACUGGAACUUAACUCUUACCUCUGAGCUGUCUUAAAAUGCAUAUAUACACUUCUGCAUGUAAGAGCAAAACAAAUUCAAGUUGUCUUGCCUGCUGAUUUCAGAUGCCACAGCAUAGCAAAGCGUGAACCUGUUUUCAGUUUUGAUUUUAGGAUUUUCGAAGACCAAAUAGCUACUCUUAAACAACAUUUGUCAGUGAGUUUAGAAGUAAAGUUUAAGAUUUUCCAGGUUUACCUAUCUAGGUUCUUGUACUGGAGUUAUCCUGCAGCUUCAUAAGUGUCCCUUUAUAUUUAGCCUUGAAGGUUUUCAGCACUAAUGUUCGUGUGGCUGAUCAGCACGGACGUGUGCGUCAGGUGUGCUGGUCUGUGCCCUUGUGUUUAGAUAAUUGCACCAUGACUACACAGUCAGAUGUAGGUCUUGCCAGGUUGGGCUUAGGUAGUGCCCUCGUUUAUUUGUGCCUCUUAACACUGAUGAUAUUAGACUAUCACCACAAGUCAUUUUUGGUGAAACUGUUGAGGUGUAUUAAAGUUCUUGAAAUCACCAUUGUUAACCUGCUUUAGAAAAUGAUGUGAGCUUAGUCUGGUCCCUUUGUAACUCACCAAGUUUGAUGGCUGUCUGUACUCAAUUGAGUAUGUCUGUAUAAAUCAGAAAGUACAUAUCCAUCCAGACAAAAAUGCUAAACAGCCGGGUUUUUUUUUCUCCAACUAUAUAAUUCGUAGCUCAUCUUUUUUCUUUAAUUCUUUCGUAACUUGUUGCAGCAGUUUGAAUUUCCCAAAUAAUUGUUUGGAUCUAAUGGCUCAGAAUGUGUAUUUGAACAUCAUAGUUGUAUAUAUUUUUAAACUAGAAUAAAUAAUGGCCGUGGCUUGGUAUAUACAAGUUCAUAUUAAAAUUUCAGCUGUGUGAAGAUAUAUUUUAAGAUAUUACUUUGUUAGUACUCUAAGCAUUUCUUUUUUUCUAUUAAAGAAACAAAUGGUUUGUGGGUCAAAAGUUUCAUCUAGGGCUUGAUGUUAAUCAACCUGAGAAAUACAGUGGACUGAAGAGCAAUUUUAUUUGAAAGAUGACACACCUCUGUUCUAUCUGUGUUUUGUUUUGGUUUGUACAUGUGUAACAUUUAUAGUUAAAUAGGACAAAGCGAACCCUAUGACUAUUGUUUUCAAAAAUUAAACAAGUUAAUAUAUAAAUAAUUCAAAAGGUUUUUCAUUUACUUUUGAAAAGAAAAAAUUUCUCUAAAUCAACAGCUGGUUCUGCAGAAUUGCACCAAUUUCUUGUAGAAUAAAAAAUCCUUUAAGAAAA